CGGACGCUAGGGGGGAGCGAGACAGGACCGGGAACCGGGGAUUUGACCUUUUCCGCAGAAACUCGGGUUUGUGAGGGCGAGCGGAGGAGCCAUGGCGGUAUUCUCUGCGCUUUGGGUGCUCUUACUGUGCCAGCUUUUAACAUCAUCCUCAGCCCAGAGGCCAGGCCCCAGAGGAUCUCCUGGGCUCCAAGGACCCCCAGGGCCACCGGGGAGGGAUGGCACUGAUGGCAAACCUGGACCUGCUGGUCUGCCGGGGAAAGCAGGUCCCAAAGGGAAAGCAGGUAUUUCGGGGGUUGCAGGAAAACCAGGCCUGCCAGGACUUCCAGGGGUGGAUGGUUUGACAGGUCCUGAUGGUCCUGCUGGGAAAGAUGGACCCGCAGGGGAAGCUGGUGAUGCUGGACCUCCUGGGCCCCCUGGAGCUCCUGGCAGAGGGAGACCAGGAGCCGCAGGACUACCUGGAACCAACGGAUUGCCGGGCGGAGUCGGACCACAGGGUCCAGCGGGUGCUGAGGGUCUUCCAGGACUUCCCGGACCUCCUGGCCUUGAUGGACCACCAGGUCUUCCUGGUACUCUUCAUGAUCUUAGCGGUGACCUACUGUGUCCUGCAAUCUGCCCCCCUGGUCCCUCUGGUCCUUCUGGGAUGCCAGGAUUCAAGGGUCACACUGGGCACAAAGGAGACAAGGGAGAGCCUGGAAAAAAUGGAGAGAAGGGUGACCCUGGUCCACCUGGCCCACCAGGUAUCCCUGGGACUGUGGGUCUGCAGGGCCCACGUGGUCUCAGAGGUUUACAAGGCCCGAUGGGAUCUGUAGGAGACAGAGGGCUGCCCGGUUUCAGAGGCAAACCUGGUAUCGCCGGCAUCAUUGGAAAGACAGGUGAUCCGGGAGAAAAGGGACCACAGGGAUUCAAAGGACCCAAAGGAGAAAUUGGUAAAAUUGGUCCCAAAGGAGGUCCUGGAGGAUCUGGACCCAAAGGGGAGCCUGGUAUUCCUGGCAGAGAUGGCAAAGAUGGUACACCAGGAUUAGAUGGCGAGAAGGGUGAUGCUGGACGCCAUGGGGCAGUUGGAGAGAAAGGACCUAACGGCCUUCCUGGUCUACAAGGAAAAGCUGGUGCAAAGGGCUCUAAAGGAGAAGUUGGUGAAGUGGGGAAGCCUGGGGAGACAGGACCCUCUGGAGAGCCAGGUAUUCCUGGUGAGAUUGGCGUACCAGGAGAGAGGGGGAUAGCAGGACCCAGAGGAGUGGCUGGAGCUAUCGGACCGGUGGGCAACCCUGGGCCUCAGGGAGUAAAAGGCUUCCAGGGGGUAAAAGGAGCCUUGGGUGAUCCAGGUCUUCCAGGUCCGACAGGAAUCCGUGGAGAAUUUGGUGAAAGGGGUCCACUUGGAGCAUCUGGAGCCAAAGGAGACAUGGGUGUGGCAGGAAGUGAUGGUUUGCCAGGAGAAAAUGGAGAACCUGGUCCGUUUGGCCCAGUUGGACAAAAAGGAGAGUCUGGAAAGCGGGGUGAACUGGGGCCGAAGGGCGUGACAGGUCCACAAGGAGAGCUUGGGGCGAGAGGGCCUCCAGGGAAACCAGGACUAAUGGGCUUCCAAGGGGAGCAGGGUCUGCCUGGAAUUGCAGGAAAGCCAGGUGUACCUGGUAGACUGGCAAGUGAGCAGCACAUCAGAGAGCUGUGUGGCUCGAUGAUCGAUGAUCAGAUUGCACAGCUGGCUGCUAACCUUCGAAGACCUCUGGCCCCUGGAAUGGUGGGCCGCCCCGGCCCUGCUGGGUCUCCAGGAAAGCCAGGAGUUGCUGGCUCUAUCGGGCAUCCAGGUGCCCGUGGACCACCAGGGUACAGAGGGCUGCCAGGAGAACUUGGAGACCCAGGUCCCAGAGGUGAUGUUGGUGAGCAGGGUGAUAAGGGAUCCAUCGGCAAAGCCAUUGAUGGCCCGCCUGGAGACCAAGGAUACCAGGGUCUUCCAGGAGUUCCUGGAAUUGUCAAAGAUGGGCGUGAUGGAUCUCCCGGAGAUCCAGGUGAGCCUGGAGAGCCAGGCAGGGUAGGUAGGACUGGGCACCAGGGACCUCCUGGAAUCUGUGACACAUCAGCCUGCCAGGGAGCAGCGGCCGCUGGAAAAUCCUCCAACCCCAAAAAUCAUUAAACUGACUUCCUGCAACCUGACACCCAAAGGAGGAAGGGUGAUAAGUAAGGGGAGGAAGGAAGGAAUGAAAGAAGUGUGAUCACAAAAAUGUCCUCUUUAUUUAAAUACAUGUAUCACAAGAUGGGAGGAGUAACAUCAAACAGGUGUGAUAUUUUGAGAGGAACAUCCAAGGAGUGACAUGAACACCAGAGCAACUGAGAGACAGAAACAUCAAGAUGAAAACCAGAAAAAAAGUGGACAGAGGCACGGAAGAGUCCAAGAGAACAACUGCAUUGCUCCAAAUACAGUAUCAAAUAACAAGACUUGACUUACAAACAACUGGAAAAUGAAUGAUGAGUCCUUUGUGUAUAAAAACUUUGUACAUGUUGUUUCCAUGCCCCCAUUUCCCUGGUUAACAUCCUUCUGGCAGAUGACACUCAGAUAAAAUCAACAGCAAGUGUCUCUGAAGUGAAUGUGCAUGUAUCAUGGCCCAUUAAUGUCAAUCACAGGUGUUACCUCAACAUACAAGCGGACAGUGUAAAAUAUGGAAAUAGGCGACAGAGGCAAAAAAGCCUCUGUAAAGGAGCUGUGUAUGUACUGUAAAAGGAAUAAAAAAGACAAA